AUGCUACCUACUAAUGCUAAAAUAUCUCGAACAUCUAUUUCUUCAUGGUAUGAAAAUUAUGAACGUAUUUUAUCUAAUAUUGCUUGGACUACGACAUCGUCUGCAAAGCUUACUCCAUUUAUUUCCAUUAAUGAUCGUAUUUCUCUUAAAUCUAUUAUUACAACAUCAUUAGUCAAUCGAAUUACUCCUGAAUUACAAGAUAUAUUAAUUCGUAGUUCCAAGCAAAUCCAACAACUGAAAUCUACAAAUAUAUCCAUCGAAGAAUUUACUAUAGAUUCAGAUGAUGGUAAUAUUUAUAACAUACAAGUAUAA